AUGCAGAUUGCCAUUACAGGUGCAGCAAGUGGUAUUGGAUUGGCCACUGCUCAAUUAUUAGCCAGUCGAGGUGCUGUACUGUCUUUGUCUGAUAUCAACCAAGAUAGUCUCCAGAAGGCCCUAGAAUCACUACCAGGCAAGGGCCAUUUUGCCACAGUUGUCGAUGUGCGGGAUAGCUCAAAGGUGACUGAAUGGAUCAAGGACACCGUGGAACGCCUAGGGGGUCUAGACGGCGCAGCAAAUGUUGCCGGCGUUGAACGAGAAGGAGGUCGCCAUCUCGCUGAAUCCCGCGAUGAAGAUUGGGAUUUUAUUAUGGGCAUCAACGGAGCAGGAGUCUUUUAUUCCAUGAGAGCACAGUUGCAGCAGAUGCUGAAGAGUGGAGGUGGAUCGAUUGUAAACGUCUCCAGCGUUGCAGGAUUUGUUGGACUGGCCGAUACUGGAAUCUACAACGCUAGCAAACAUGCCGUGCGAGGCCUGACAAGGACGGCAGCUCGCGAGUAUGGAUCCCAUAAUAUCCGGGUAAACGCGGUGGCCCCAGGUGUGAUAAAGACACCCUUAGUCAAAGCGAUGGAAACUGGCUUCAGGAACGGACCGGUCACUACGAAAAUGCAAGCAAUAGACCGCCAGGCCGAUCCUAAUGAAGUCGCGACCGUCAUUGCCUUCUUGCUGAGCGAUGAUGCAAGUUUUGUCACCGGAUCAACCUAUAAGGUUGAUGGCGGAUGGACAGCUUAG